GAUCAUGGCCAGGGGCCACCAGGGUCAUCACCGUCAGUUUGAUGCUGGCAGUCAGGGCCUACGCCGCUUGCACCCGAGCCGUGAUCGAAGAGGCCGAGUGGGAGGACGUGGUGGAGGGCGCGCGGCUUGUCGUGUCAGGGGUGCCGGCAUCCAAGGUGUCGGCCCUCUAUAACACGAAGGAUGGUCAGCGGCUGCUGACGCAGAGCUUCAGUGCCAACGGGGAUGCGCAGGCCAUUCUUUGGGUUCCAAAAGCAGCCUCGGCCGCGCUGGCUUUGGAGCUGCGGGAGUUGGCACCCGGCAAGAUCGUCGUGGUCGAGGCGGAGGAUGAUGAAGACGGCACGUGGAUGGACGGAGAUGCCGAGGACUCUUUGGAGGCGGACGGCACCGACGCAGAUGUCGCGACGGACACCAUGUUUGAGAACCACGAAGAGGAGGACGAAGAGGGCGCCGAGGAGGAGGACGAGGAGGAGGAGGCCGAAGAGGAGAUGCACGAGGAGGCAGAAUCGGAGCAGGAGGAGCAGGAGGCGGUGCUGCCGGUUGAGGCUGCGGAGGAGCCGGCAUCCACCGCUCGAGCAGCUAAAGCCCUUGAGCCAGCGGCAGGGGGCCAGGUGGAGCCGGCGCGCGGACUCCGAGGUCGUUUGUCGCGGCCGACAAAAAAGCGGCAGUGA